GUCAAAACAAGCAACCGCAUGCAGACUUUGAGACGACAAUCUAUUGACGCCUAUCUCUAAGCUCCUUCGAAAUGGCACGAAUAUCAGCUCGCUCAUCCGCGACUCGCGAUCUGGCAUCGUCACCACCAAAACAAUCCAAUGAUCGUCAAUCGAGAAGCCCCGUCGGUCGCAGAACAAGAUCAACCCGGAGCCGGAGUGCAGACCUAGGUGAAAGCGAUAUACCAACGAGUGCAAGACGGGGAGGCAAAAGAGGUGCCAGACAAGUCAGCGUGGAAAGCAUUGAGAGCAAUACAAGUGCGGCGUCAAGCCGGGGUGGCCGCACGAGGAAGGUGACUCGCGCAGCUGCUGGAGCUCGAGACUUGUCCAUGGUCGCUGAAGAUCGAGAAGAGAAUGAGGACAAUGAAGACGAAGACGAAGAUGAUGAUGAAGCACACCAAGGCACCAGGCGAGCCCAACGUUCCCACUCUCCUGGUGGCAUGUCUCAAAUAUCAGGAACCACGGCUAUCUCUUCAUUUUCUGCUAGGACAUCACAUUCUCAGGGCGAGAUUGUGGCUCUUGAUCCAAUGGUAGCGGAAAUGCUUCCAGAUUUGUGGAACGAUUCCUAUAGGAUCAUGAAUCUACUUGCACCAGCGGACGCCUCCGAAGAGCAAGUGGAAUCAAUUGUAAGAGAAUUGAAGGUUUCGGGUUCAAGGCUGGCAAAGCUUUUGAGGCAAAAUGAGAAAAGAUUUGCGGUCACCCGGGAACAUUACGGAAACGAGCCUUAUAUCAAGACGGCCUUGAUUUUCCAAAGAUUGCUUGGUAGUCCGGACCCCGCAGAAACCAGCUCUCGACCAGAUGCGAUCAUUCAGGUCGCAAAUCUUGCCACGCUAGUGAAAGACUUUUUGGUUAUGGAAAAGGAAAGUCAAAGUUCGCAGAGCAUCCUCGGGGGACUUGAUAGCUAUUUCCCGCAGGUGUUCAUUACCAAAUUCGAAAACAAUAUACAGUCUGGGAACAGUACUUUACUGGAUGAGAGCUUUGAAUUAGCCCUGGAUAUUCGCACGCAGUUAACAAUCGUUGCACUUGGAUUUCAAAAGGAGCAGGAAUCAUGGGAUCCAGACCAAAUAUUGCUCGCGACUUUCUAUGAUCCCCCUCAACAUCGAAGCCCCCCCCUAUCCGACUUUGAGGAUACCAUCAGAAAUGGGCAGCCAAAGGAUCUCAUGGGUGCUAGCUUAGAACUGACUGACGAUCAAACGGUUGAAGUCCUUCAACGAGUAAGAGAUAUUCGUUCUGCUUUUCGUCAAAGCAAUGAUGCAAUUGAGCUAGGCGAUCUAGUUGAUUUUGAUCAACUCGGAGAAAAUUUCUCCUGGGUCAAAUUCCUCACGGAUCUCGUACAUUGGAGUCGAAUGCGGUUGGAUGAGAUUUCCGAAGGCAUCAAGCAACAAGGUGGCGUGACAAUUAUCACGCAAGCUUUUAUAGAAGCCAUCAAAAAUAACGACAGUCAAGUCGACAUCAACUUCGAUCCACCACCACCAUCAUCGGUCGUAGCACCUCGCCGGCUUCAACCUGCUGCGGAAAUUAUGCCAGGCGCUUCGGGACAAAGUCUUUACAACGGUGACCGAGGCAUGGUCAGGUUGCUCGAGAAGUUUAAACGCACAAGUUCUUCAAACGACGGUCCUGCCCCAAUCCAGCAGAAGGCCACUGUUGCCUCAUCAUCUGCUCCUCAACCAAAAUCUAAAGAACAAGGAGCCUCUCGAGCCAAGGCAUCAAAAACUGCUCAAGAAGUAUCUCCGGAUGACCUUGACAACAAUGACGUGGAUGGUGGAUUUGAAGAACAACCUCGUUCUACCGAAGAAUAUGCCCAAAUUUGGGUUGGCUAUAGCAAUGAAAGAAACAAGGAGAACCGCCCUGCGCCGAAACGUCGCCUGGUCGAUCGCCAACCCGGUGCUCGACAAAUGCAAUGGGAAGAUAGUCAGGACAAUACGCCGGGUCCGUCGACCAACAAAAGGAAAUACCAAGAAUCUGUUGGAGAAGAAAAUGAAGACGAACGACGAGAAGAGGAAGAGGAAGAGGAAGAGGAAGAGGAACCAAGUGAAGACGAAGGGUUUCAAGAGGACCACAGAGUCCCCGAUCCUGCUAGACGAGCAGCAGCGCCGAUAGCUCGGCGGCAACCCCCGGUGCAAGAUGCACCAUCACCUCCAGAACGACGAGAAAUUGAACGCCCUGGGAAUAACACAGACCGUGAAGUUGUCCGCAAACGACAGCAACGAGCAGAAUCGGCGGCGAGGGCUAAUACGAGACGUGAAGUUGUCAAUGAAGAAGAUAAUGAUGAAGAUGACGAGGCUUACCCUCCACCAACGUUCCCCCAGGCUUCUCUUGUUGCCAAGCUGAACGUCGCUCAUUCUCGGUCGAGGAUGGAAAGAGAGCCCCAAAGGCGAGUACCGUGGUCAGAAGCAGAUUCCCAACGCUUGAUUGACGGGAUAGAACAAUUUGGUUGCAGCUGGAGUCUGAUCGCCAAGAACAUUGACUUCGACCAUCCUCGAGAUCAGGUCGCGUUGAAGGACAAAGCCCGGAACAUGAAGGUCACCUUCUUAAAAGCGGGUAUUGUCCUUCCUCUAAAUCUUGAGAAUGUGCCACUAGGGAAGAAGGAAAUUGACGUUGUCAGAAGAGUCUUCCCUAACUAUGAGCCAUGAACAUAGUUUUUGCAGGGCGUUGGGGCUGGCUUUUUGAACGGAUUUGAUACCCAUCUUGCGACCCAGGGGAGUUGAAGGCAAUCGGUUGUUUUAGGUCGAAUUGUAUAUAUAUCAACAGGGCGAAUCGCAUUUAACACUUUCAUAUAGUUAUUCCACCAGGUCGUGGGAAACAAU